CAGCCUCACUCAUUUCCUUUAGCGGGGUGUUAGGACACUAUAAGUAUAGGCACCAUAUAGUAAAGACAGAUCAAACAAGAGUUAGCCACUUCACACAUUUCAUGGAUCCACGCCACAUCCUCCCUGAACUUCCACCGUCACGCGGUCUACUCGUGGACGCUGGAAGGUCGUCCAUCGUGCAAUGUAGGACGUACCCCAAAUACAUCAGCAGCUUCUCCCAACAUAGACACAGCAAAUGCAAGUUUUCAGUUUUGAGAACAAUAGUGAAUUUCCUCAAGAUGCGGUACCAGGAGAAGAACACCGAGCACUAUACCUUCGAGGAGAUGACAAGAAAGGCUGGUUUACUUCACCUGGAUCCCGAAGUCAAGAAGUGGCUAGUGACAGAAGCUCUUCCCCAUAACUUAAAAGUGGAGGUUAUAGAGGGUAUGUACUACUUUUUCAAGCCGCCGCUGCACAUAACUGGCAGACACUCCCUCCUCAGGCUGCUGCGACAGAAGUAUGAGAAGGGUCUGGGUGGCGUGAUGCUCUCUGAUGUCCAGGAGUGUGUUGGACCCAGGUGGAAUAAAAUUAUGAAGCAAGUGGAAGGGGAGGUGGUUCAGGUGGUGCGUAAGGCAGACAAGAAGACCAUUAUCUUUCACAAAGACAACAGCCUCUCCCUCCCAUUAAGUGAAGAACUAGUGCGGCUGUGGCGGAGCCUUUCUUUGUCAGACUCAAAUAAGACUGAUGAUGACAUUGAGACAUACUUACUACAAGAGGGAUUCAAUGCUACACAGAUAACUAAGACAAAAAGAUUCCUGUUUACAAAUACCAAGGAAACAAGAAAGGCAAAGCAAUUUGCAAUCACCAAAGCUCACGCUGGGCUUUGAGCUUGACUCAAGAAACUGGUUGAGCAGUCUCCCCCUUAUGAUUCUCUUGCUCAAGGAAAUCCUUUAAUUAAUUCAUUUUCUUAGUCUAUUCACUGUUAUUUUGAUUUUAAUCUAAAAGAUAGGAAUAUUCCUGGUUCAUAUAGGAAGGAGACCAGUAUUUUUUUGCCAUUGUUCAGUUUUCAUAUUCAUUGAUAUUGAUUAAAUACUGUACACUUUAAAAGUAUGUACAUAAAUGUUCAUAUACUUUCUCCAAGUACAUGUCCAUUAGUUAACUUCAGCUGUUAUUUCAUAAAGUGCAUAUGGUAUGUAGUUGCACAAGACAUAUUAUGGAUUAAGUAGCUAUUUGAGUGAGAAGCAUGUGGGGUGGGGUAAUCACAGGUGAUGAAACUAGAGAUGAAAAUGGAGUACAGUGUAUGCACUAAUGAUGAGACAAGAAAGACUGAAAUGGUUUGAACAUGUUUGAGAGGAUGGUAGGUAAUAAUUCAGUUGUUAAGUGGGAUUAAAAGAUUUGAACAGUUUCUUUAUAAAGAGGUUAAAAAUAACAAUGUCAUCACAGUCUCUGUCUAUCAUAAAAAACUGACAAAAAUGGACACAAAAAGAGACAUCAUGACCCUCCCACCAUUCCCUAAACAAGACAUGAGAAUGUCUUAUCUUUGUUCUCUCCCUUGAAUAUGAUUGAUCACAGCCUGGUCUCCUUGUAAGUUUAGCUCCCACUAAACUGAAUGUCCCUAUCAAAAUCUACUCUUGUGUAAAUGAUUCCUGAGACAUGCUACUCAACCCAUCCUCCACUGAGCAGUCUUCUCAGUCACAGCCCAAUGACACUUGAUCUCACUCAGACCUAAACAUAUUUAUAUGUACCUGACUUUUAAAUAUCUCUACAGCCUGAUCCUACAUUUAAAUAGAAAUCCCACAGUGCUUUUACUACAAUAUGGUGACUGCAUUUCUUUAAACAGAAGUACAUAAUAAAGAUGAAAAUGUAUAAUCAUGAGAUGAUUUUACCAGUUUUUUGUUCUAUUUUUCUUUUCCUAUUGAUUUUGAGUUCAUCCUACAUUUUUGCAUGAUUAUUGUUAUGAAACUGUGAAAUGAUGAAGCCAAAACAAAAUUAUUAUGUACACUUAAGAAAUAAUAAUGUAUACUGAAGAAAAAUUAAUGUCAUAAGGUUUUGUGCCAUGAGGACAAAGCACCUCUACAUUAUUCUUUGUGUAACUUUUCCAAGACACCAAUAUUCAGAACAAACUUGUGUAUGGAUAGUACAGCUGGAUGGGCAACAUUGGUAGGCAUUAUAAACACAUUCCCAAACAGUGAUGAAAAAAUAAUGAUAAAUUUUGGUCACAUAAACAUCAUUAUUACAAUUAGAUUUAAUUUUUUUUGAUAAAUUUCCAGUUUAUAUGGAUCUUCAACCUGGUAGGUAUUAUAAAAGCAACUACUGCAUUUCAUUCUUCACUAUGCUCACAAAAUACUCUUCAUAAUAGAAAAUAACUUGCCACAGAACUUACAAUCCAUUCUCUCAUUGCAGAUGAGUGAACAAACAAGCCUUUCAACAGUAAUUAGGAAACAAGUAUAUACAACUUUAUAAUUAAAAACAAAUUAAAACACAUUCCACUUAAUGGAGUAGUCCUUUAAAGACCAAGGAAUGAUCUCUGGUUUAGUCCUCCUCUAAGGCUCCCCAGUGACAUUUUGUUUUUGUCAACAGUAACACCUACUUAAUAUUGUUCCUGGCUGAAGGCCACAGCUGAAUGAUAAUUUUUAUUUAAUUCUUGUAAUAAUUUUCCUCUAUAGAAAAUUCAACAUCCAGAUAGCUAUAUAUGCAAAAUACAAUGUUUUUCCUCAAUCUUCCUAAUAAACAUUAAAGAUAACCACAUCCCAGAAUUAGCUUCAUCCAGUAUAACUUUCUAGCGAGUGUUAUCCUACAUUCAGAAGGUAAUAAUUUUUUUAUCAAAUGUAUUAUUAGAUAAUAAAGCAGUGUUUCAUCCCAUGCAACAUGAUCAGAACAUGCCAAAUGUUACCUUUUUAGUAACAACUUCCCUUUGCAGGUCCUAAAAAAAAAAAAAUAAAUAAAAAAAAUAAAUAAAAUAAAAUAAAUAAAUAAAUAAAUAAAUAUAUAAAAAUAAAUACCACUUCUCUGAUCACAUCCUAACCUAACUGCAAUUGAAAUCUAUUAUGAGUGCAAGUGACAAGACACAGAAGUUAGGUGAUGGUGAGUAGCUACUUAAUCAAAUGUGCCCAAGGCUAAGAUAAAAUGAUUCAUGUUCCUCAAUGUUUAUGUUUUGAGCUACAUGUCUUACAAGUUGCUGGGAACCUGGACAGGGUGGCAGUACAGGUCAAUUUGUACAUCACUGCUCACCUCAUGCCUACUUCAGAGGAAAGAAAUCCACUUUAUAAGAAAACUAAGGAACAAAACACGCCACAAAAUGCAUGUGUAGCUUGUGGAAAUUCUGAAGUCUUAUAACUAUAUUCAGGCAACAAUGCAACUGCUAUGCCAUUGAACAGUGGCAUUUACAGCAUAAAAGAAGUGAAUUUAAAAUUAAUACAUUUCCACAUCAAUUUUCUAAUCUUUCCCAUUACAUAUCUUCUACGAUGUUGCUGAAUUCACAGAAAGAAAAUCAAGCAUACCAUUCUGAAUUAUUUUCAACAUAUAACAGCAUUUAAUCUACCAUGAAUCUAAUGUGAAUACAGACAAUAUUAAGAGAGCUAAAACUUGUGUGUAAGCAUAAGUAUGAAACACACAUACCCACAUGCACACACUCACAUGUUCCCUCACCUACACACGCACAUACAUACAUGAGCAUGCACAUCGACACACACACACACACACACACACACACACACACACACACACACAGUUGUGGUGAUCUUACCGGUGGUCUUACUGUAUACAUACUAUAUAUCUGGGAAAAUAUAAUUAUGAAAGUAAGAUUUGCAAUCACAUUAGACUGAAAUUCCAAAUCUCCAGGCAUCAUGAAAAGCAGUGUAAUUCAGCUUCAUACAAAAUGUAGCAAACAAAAACUGGAUGCUUUCAAUGAUGUGCUCUGUAUGGCUCCAUCCAAUGCUCCCAUUAACAACUCCACUAUAUAGAAAAGUCCAUGAAUGAAACUUACUUUUCCCCUACAUUCUGUUUCAGACCUCUGGCUGUAAAUUCUUAACUAACUAGCAGCAUCUGCCUAACAUAAUGUACAUGAAGCAAUAUUGUCUUUGCAUCACAUGUCUAGCCAAAAUUCCAAUCAUAAUAGAAUCCUGGACUGCAAAUAGCAACAUUUGAAAGAAGAUCCUUGAGCUCAUGAUUGAAAUAUAGCAUGUAGCUCAUGGCAUUAUAUCAAUAAAAAAACAUCUUUUUUAGUAACAAAAUUAUGAGAAACUCAUGGAAAGUAAGUUGAUACAUAAUCAUUAUGAUAAGAGAAAACCAAUUUGGCACAGCAAUGAAUUUUCAGAAGACAAGCUGACAAGACCAACACGCCCUCAUGCAUAAGGAAUUAACUUCCUUCCAUAUGGAAAGUGGCAUCAGCAGUUCCAGGAAGGAGUACAGUGUGUCACAGUUUUCUGCCACUGGUGACAUUAUUAAUGGACCUCUUACAUGCAUCUGGGCAGGAAAGUUCUGAUAAAAGGAUCAACCCACUGAAUGUUACCAUGUAUGACAUUCCAGCACAGCCUUUUUAAUGGGCAAAUGAGAACACCAGACUAUCACUGAAAAACAAGAAUCAACAUUUAAAAACUAACAUUCAAUCAACACUUCCCCCUUGUUCAGUGAAGCAUCAUUACCUCUACCCUGGUAAGAAUUCCAAUAGCCAAGGUCAGCACAACUACCAGAAUGCAAAAUUGGGGAGCCUCUCAACAACCAACACUUGCAAUAUUACUUUCUCAAAAAAUAUACUUAAUUUUUAAGUACUAAAGUAAAGAACAUAGUCCAAAUCAAUAUUCCUUUGCAUAUAUCAUUAUCAUGAAAUAGUCUCCAAUGCCUUUUAACAUUUAUUCUAUGUGAUAUUACAGCACAAAAAUAAAUAAACAAAAAGGUGCUCUCCAAGAGAAAAAUAGUUACAAGUUCUUAUCUUGAAAUGCUUCUAUAAAGUUCACAGAAUAAAUUUACAAGUUGAGGUGAUUUGCUAUUUCUUCUCUGAUGUGGGAAUGGCAGGAUGGUGUGAUGGGAUGACCCCAAGGAGCCUUGAAAAGUGACUGCACACACUACUGAGCUGACGGAAUAACCCUUCCCAUUUUGUAUGUACCCAAAUAUAUCUGAGAGAGAGAGAGAGAGAGAGAGAGAGAGAGAGAGAGAGAGAGAGAGAGAGAGAGAGAGAGAGAGAGAGAGAGAGAGAGAGAGAGAGAGAGAGAGAGAGAGAUA